UGCUGGGUCCUCCAGAUGUGCGCCGAGGGAUGGCAGUCGGUGGGGAUGCUUCAGGACUGCCCCAAGGCCCGCCGGGAGGUGGAGCUGCACUGGCGGGCCUCACAGUGCCCCCACAUCGUGCGGAUCGUGGAUGUCUACGAGAACCUGUAUGCAGGCAGGAAGUGCCUGCUGAUCGUCAUGGAGUGUUUGGAUGGUGGAGAACUCUUUAGCCGAAUCCAGGACCGAGGAGACCAAGCGUUCACAGAAAGAGAAGCGUCAGAAAUCAUGAAGAGCAUUGGUGAGGCCAUCCAGUAUUUGCACUCAAUCAACAUUGCUCAUCGGGAUGUCAAGCCUGAGAAUCUCCUGUACACCUCCAAAAGGCCCAAUGCCAUCCUGAAACUCACAGAUUUUGGCUUUGCCAAGGAAACCACCAGCCACAACUCUUUGACCACUCCUUGUUACACGCCGUACUAUGUGGCUCCAGAAGUGCUGGGUCCGGAGAAGUAUGACAAGUCCUGUGACAUGUGGUCCUUGGGUGUCAUCAUGUACAUCCUGCUGUGUGGGUAUCCCCCCUUCUAUUCCAACCACGGUCUUGCCAUCUCUCCGGGCAUGAAGAGUCGCAUCCGAAUGGGCCAGUAUGAAUUUCCCAACCCAGAAUGGUCAGAAGUGUCGGAGGAAGUGAAGAUGCUCAUCCGGAACCUGCUGAAAACAGAGCCCACUCAGAGAAUGACCAUCACGGAGUUUAUGAACCACCCCUGGAUCAUGCAAUCAACAAAAGUCCCUCAAACCCCACUGCACACCAGCCGGGUCCUGAAGGAGGACAAGGAGCGGUGGGAGGACGUCAAGGAGGAGAUGACCAGUGCCUUGGCCACAAUGCGUGUUGACUACGAGCAGAUCAAGAUAAAGAAGAUUGAAGAUGCGUCUAAUCCUCUCCUUCUGAAGAGGCGGAAGAAAGCUCGGGCCCUGGAGGCAGCGGCCCUCGCUCACUGAGCCUCUGAGCCCGUCCCGCUCCACUGGAGGACAAGCAAUAACUCUCGACCUGAAUAUAUUUUUUAAACGAAGAGACACAGAACUGUCCACUUCCACCUCACCUCCUCCUUGGCGGCGUGGAGCCCCAAAUCCCGUCAGCGGCUGUGACUGCCUUUGGUUCCGGCCGCCUCAGAGAGGGAGGCUGGGAGGCGGGAGGCUGGGAGGCUGGGGGGCCGUGUGGAGAGAAGGGAGCAAGAUGCUCUUGAACCUGUGCUCAUUUUGCAGUUUUAUCAGUAAUUUGA